GUGGGGGGAAGGAAUUGCAGGGGCUCAGCGGGGCGGUUCCCGCUUGGCACGUCUCCUCCUCCUCCUCUCCGUGCGGCUCCAUUCGCGUGGCUCUCGUCUGAGCCCUCCGUCACAAGGUUCGAGCGGGACGGAUCGUGCGGCUUGUGCCUGCGACAAGUCUCUCUCUCUCUCUCCGUGCGGGUCGCCUGCUUAGUUCAGCUCUCACCCAGCCCUCUGUGAAAUCGGCUCUCGCAGACGUGGCAGAGGCAAGACGUCGGGACGCCUUUGUGUUUUGGUUUCGCCGGCAGAUUACAUCGGGUGAGAUACGGCUCGCUCGCGCAAACGUUCACGCCUGGACAAUGCAAGAUCAGCUGUAGUGUGCGGUGCGCUGUGCGUGAGUGUGUGUAAUCGCAGCGGUCUUACACACACGGAUAGCUCGUCCUGUUCAAGGUUAAACACUGCAGGGACGAUGGGACGUCGGUCACCGGUGCCCGAGUCAUCCCAGCCACACUAGCCGGUGGGUGGGGAGAGACCAUGAUGUAGCCGGAGCCCCUUUGCCCCCACCAUGCGGGAAUACAAGGUGGUGGUGCUGGGCAGCGGCGGGGUCGGCAAGUCGGCGCUCACGGUGCGAUUCGUGACGGGCAGCUUCCCCGAGCGCUAUGACCCGACCAUCGAGGACUUCUACCGCAAGGAGAUUGAGGUGGACUCGUCGCCCUCCGUGCUGGAGAUUCUGGACACGGCCGGCACGGAGCAGUUCGCGUCCAUGCGCGACCUCUACAUCAAGAACGGCCAGGGCUUCAUCCUCGUCUACAGCCUCCUCAACCACCAGUCCUUCCAGGACGUUCGGGGCCUGCGCGAGCAGAUCGGCCGCGUCAAGCGGUCGCAGCAGCGCGUGCCGCUGGUGCUCGUGGGCAACAAGGCCGACCUGGCGGGCCCCGGGGGCGAGCGCGAGGUGGCCGAGGCGGACGGCCGCGCGCUGGCGCGCGAGUGGGGCUGCCCGUUCCUGGAGGCGUCGGCCAAGACGCGGCAGGGCGUGGAUGAGCUCUUCGCCGAGGUGGCAGGGAAGUAAAGGGGACCAGUUUGGACGCGCCAAACCCAUCGGCAGAGGAGCGGCGUGUGGGGAAGAGGAGGAGGGUGGGGGUGCGGGAACCCUUCACAAGUGUGGCCGUGUGUGUGUGUCGACGGCUGAACAUUUUCUUUCCGGCCUCACUCCACCACCACCAGCUCGUCGUCACAAGCGCCGCCGUCACGACCUCGCUGCUUCCCGUGCUCGCUUGUGGGGCUGCUCAAAUGCCGAGGAAGUGGAAGCUUCCGUUGAUAAUGAGAAAACCUUGUAACCAUUUGUUCAGGGGGGUUUUUCCCCACACCGCCCCCUAAACACACACACACACAUACACAACCUUCCCCCCCCCCCCCCCGACACACGUUGCUCUCCACGCAAGAGAUUAAAAUUGCAAGACGAUUUGAAUGCAUAUGAGAGGCGGGGGGGGAACCAAUAAACAUAAUUUUUAAUAAAGAAACGGCAAGAAUUUAACGGUAUUUUAUUUAGCCUGGCUGUUGUUCGUAAUAUUUUACGCGCCGAAUUCUGCUUAUCACCCGCUUCUCCCUCCCCCCCGCCCCCCCCUCUGUAUUUAAAGCAACUUUCGGGGUGGUUUCAUCUUAUAAUCCGGCAGUCGCGUGCUUGCUUGCGUGCGUGCCAGAUUUGUGUAGCUCUAUUGACAUGCGGCAACACGUUUCGGGCGUGUCUUUACUCUCCGGAGAGCGUCUUUCAAUUGCUUUAACCCCACAGAAUACAGGUGACCGUUUGUUGUUUUGGGCCAUGCACCCAUGCGGUAGGCGACGUCGAUGAUUUUCUGUUGUUGUUGUUUCGCGGCGUUCCGUUUUGCCACGAGUCGUCGCUCGGGAAAGUCGCUUCGUUCCGUAGACACCCCCUCGGGUUUUUUUAUUUUGUCCAGCUUCCACAUCCCCCCUCCCCCGCCACCCCCCCCCCCCAAGUCAACCCCCAAGUUGAACUCUCUCGGGAGCCUCCCCCUCCCGAUUUCCUUUGUUUUUGUUUGACUGCGAGCGCAGCGUGGGAUGCGGGCGCCAUCCCACCCGCACUCGCGUUUUGCAUCUUUAAGCGGAUCGUGGAAAAGAAGGCUUUGAUUGUUUCUCCCACCGGGUGAGUUGGUGGCACGGACAGGGUCAGUGUGUCCACUGGACAAUGGAUACAGUGUUGAGGUCAGCCGCAUACUGCUUGGUUGCCUGGUGUAGCCUCCGAAUUGAAAACCCAUUUCUUUUUUGUGUUUAGUUUGCUGUCCUUCCCCCGCACCUCCGAUGAGCACGAUUAGCUACGCACGGUACGGAAGAAUUUCAACAUGCAUACUUAGACAACUCGGACAGAGUCCCAUAGACUCACGCAGAGACCCAUAGACUCUCACGAACACCCAUACACUCACACAGAGACCCAUAGACUCGCACAGAGACUCAUAGACUCACACAGAGACCUGUAGACUCACGCAAAGACCCAUAGUUUGUUGUCCUUCUCCCGCACCUCCGAUUAGCACGGCUGGCCUCGUACGGUGCGAAAGAAGUUCAACAUGCACACGUACACAGCUUCCUCAUCUUUUUAAAGUUACUUUAGAUUUGUUUGGUGUUUCGCAAGGUUUUGUUACAGUCAACUAUGAAUUAUCUGGGGUAAUGGUUGUCGGGAGGGGAGGACUGGGGCUUACGGGGAAAAAAAAUGCAACCCGCGUAAUUUAGGGUAUGAACAUUUAUUUCAACUUUACCUGCACGGAAUGUGUGUGGGGGGGGGGGCUUAAGAUGUAUAAUGUGCCAUCUCUUUUGCUUCUUUAAGUAAUCGUUUUACUUUGCUGACGCGAGCAGUGGACGAUUAGACCAGUGCUCGCUUCAACGUGCGAAUGAGCACGGCUGAUAUGAGAAUUGAGAGCUAUCCACCUUCAUUUCUUAUAUUGUCAUAUUUCAACUUUUGUUUCGGGAGAUUUCGCCUGACCAUUAUAUCAGGUCCCUCGAGUGAACCCGGUGCCUGAUUUUUUUAUUUUUUCAAAUCAAGAAAUCAAAGUACUGCUUCUGAUUGACAGUUUAAAAGCUCCAGUUUAAAAACCGCCAUUGCAAUUUAACGCUCCAAAUUCCCUUAGCCUUUUAAAAAUUCAUGAUUUUUUUCUCUCCCUCUCUCUCUUUUGACAGAUAUUCUUAUUGCCCCCUCCCGCGUAGACAUUCCCGUUAGGUUUCUCAGGCCCGUAUCAUCGAUCUCUGUGAAAGUAAAUAUAUCGGUCGGACACGAUGCAAUAAAUUUAGCGGUUGCAAACAAAAAUUUCACCUUUCCCAGCACUUUCCUCUUGUUUUUACAACCCACGGGAAUAUUGCCGUGCCACCGAAAGCACGGUCAUAGAUUUAGACGGACUAAAAUGUAGUUAGUUCUUGUUCUAGAUUUGAAGCUUUCGUGACUGCAAGGAUUCAUACUCUUUGUUUUUUUCUGGUAAAGUCACGUAGGUAAAAAAAAAUCUAUGAAAUUGAAUGAAAACAACUAAAUUAAAUCACGACGUUUCGGGCGUAACACAAGCGCCCGUAACGUGAUUGAAUUUGGUUGUUUUCAUUUAUUUUAUUGCUUUUUUUUUUACCUACGUGACUUCACCGAAAAAACCAUAGGGUAUUAGUCCUUGUUGUCAAGUUUUAUCCUGAUCGUGCUCACGGUCUUCUUCUAAGCGUUUGUGGCAAGCGCGUGCAAGAUCACGCGUCCAAGUUGUUCAAAGUCUGCGAGCCGUGCGAUCGCCUCGUUGGCACGACGAAUACUGCUCGGCCCGCCGGGAUUGCGGGCGUACGGUGCAGUUCGUUCGCGGUACGGUGGUUCCGUCGUCCGGUUCGGAUGGCCGCGGUCGCACAUUGUGUGGGUUGCCUUUGAUUCUCCAACUUGUCGACGAGGAGGUGUGGCGCAGUGACAAGUUGCUGUUCUCAAGCGGUUGAUGGAGCAUCGUAGUUUUACUUGGCAGAUCAAAGCCAUGCACCCGGGUGGUCAUGUGAUGACACGGAGUGCCCAAUUCGGGCCUGUCUCGCAGGGCGGUUCGAAACCCUCCUUCGUGUGAGAGAACGGGUCACGGAAGCGGGUUUCACAGAGCUACCUCUGAGAUCCCCCUUCAAGGGACCUCUGGCCCACACAGUUGAGGGCUGCACUCCUCCUCCGCAACAGGACAUGAGGUCUAACUGAGAAACAGCAACAGCGUUGAUGACAGCGGCGACACUGUGCUUCGUAUCCAAAUUCGACGGGGUCAUUUUUUUUAUUUGAUUUUAUUUUGUGCCACUUCACAAGACGACCCUGUAACCAGGGACGAGGAGCAGCUUGAACCUGGAGGAUUGAUCCGAUGAUCGAUGGCCUGAGCAGCGAACGCUUAAACAACGAAACUCCCCCCCCCCCCCCC